UUCCGCCAUAGACCUGAAUCGAGGGGGCCUUAAGAUCUCGAGCCCUUACAUCUUGCAGCGCGUCAAAUCUCUAAAUUUAAAACUUCGAGUCGAUUAAGGCCACAAGUUCUCUUUCGUUAUCGAUGACAACUGUCUGAACUUGACACGUAACACAAUAGGCUAUGUUUAGGUCCAUUCAAAGCGAAGAUGCAAAACCGAAGCCUUAACACUAUCGUCAACGAUAACUAUGUCCCAUUUUUGCAUAUCACAAUCAGGUCUUCCCAAAAGCGGUGGCGGAUCUUUCCGUGUUCGACAUUCACACAUGUUAGGGAUCAGAUGUAUUUCUGGCCAUUGGGAUCCGCCCCCAAAAUUAUUGGUUUUAUGAGAGCUAAGUAUGACCUAGCACUAACAAAUGUAGUUAUUGUUUGCUUAUGUCAGUUAAGCCCAAUCUAUACGUGUUAUGCCUACACCCACUCGCCACAUCGAAAUUGGUUUAUUAACAAGAUCUUGAACCUUAUUUGGGCUUUACUUCAAGUGCACACCCUGUCUUUGGAUUCCAUUUAGUCCAUGUAACAUUCUGUCUCAUGUCGCGAAACACAAUUGCAUCCGUCAUCUUGAGCCCAUAUCAUACUCAAUUGCAAACGCUUCCAAAGGCACUCUAGCUGUCAACGUACCUCACGGUUUGACUAAUGACGUCUACAAAUACCCA